AAUGAAGAGUGAUUGGCCUAAGAAAUUAUCGUAGGUAACUAGAUAGUUUUACCAGGUAGAUUACUCUUACCACCAGAUAGCUAUCUAUGUACUUCUAUAAAUCUGUAUACGUACGUACCUAUAGGUACUGUAUAACAAAGGUAUCGAUCAAACCCUUAAACCUGUGCUUCAGACUACGGAAAAAGGUAGGCUACUAAGUGUGCGAUAUACCUAUCUAAAUACUUGAUGGUAAGAGAUAAUUUUAAUGAUCCUAAAUUAUGUCAGAAAGCAAGCCAAUACUUCCACUACCAGCAAAGCAAUUAAGAACCUACCAGCCAACAUACCAACUCAACCCAAAGAAACGUUUCAAAGAAGACGACGUGAAGAAAAUAUUGAAAAGAGUCGUCGACCCAGAGCUGGAAGAGGUGGAGUACAGCGAGAAAGAAGUCCCUGAAGUGAUCCUCAACUUGGCGGAAAUCGUCAGGAAUGCUAUCAAAGACGAGAACUAUAACAGAUAUAGGAUACUAGUUACGGUGACGAUCGGCCAGCGCCGGCAGCAGAGCGUGCAGAUGUUCCACUCGUUCCUGUGGGACCACGAGCGGGAUGGGUUCGCGACCCACAACUACGAAAACCCGCACAUCUUCGCCAAUGUCACCGUCUACGCAGUUUAUUUAGAUUAGUUCGUUAUUUUGAAUUUCAGUUUCUCUUACGUUUUUGUGGAAGGCUAAAGUUGGUAUUAAAGUUACUUAAAAAAUGUUUUCUUUAAGUAUGUUGAUUUUUGUUUUGUUAUCCUACCCCCCAAAUUAGUUUCCGGAAUUUUUUUAUGAAAGGACAGGUGAAGUCCCUUAGCAGACGAGCUAUCAAUGACAAUAGAUUGUUGAAAAACGUAGAGGAAGCAAAUUAAGUAUAGAUACAUUCAGAGUCGUGAUAAGUAGAAAGAUGUAGCCUCUGCCUUCCCCUCUGGAAAAGAGGCUAAAAGUGUGCAUGCAUGCCCUUAAACAA